AUGCCACACCCAGACCAAUGCAACUGUCAGCGGAAGCCAAACCCGAAGAAGCAAGCAAAACCCGAAGAAGCAAGCAAAACCCGAAGAAGCAAGCAAAACCCGAAGAAGCAAGCAAAACCCGCAGAAGCAAGCAAAACCCGCAGAAGCAAGCAAAACCCGCAGAAGCAAGCAAAACCCGCAGAAGCAAGCAAAACCCGCAGAAGCAAGCAAAACCCGCAGAAGCAAGCAAAACCCGCAGAAGCAAGCAAAACCCGCAGAAGCAAGCAAAACCCGCAGAAGCAAGCAAAACCCGCAGAAGCAAGCAAAACCCGCAGAAGCAAGCAAAACCCGCAGAAGCAAGCAAAACCCGCAGAAGCAAGCAAAACCCGCAGAAGCAAGCAAAACCCGCAGAAGCAAGCAAAACCCGCAGAAGCAAGCAAAACCCGCAGAAGCAAGCAAAACCCGCAGAAGCAAGCAAAACCCGCAGAAGCAAGCAAAACCCGCAGAAGCAAGCAAAACCCGCAGAAGCAAGCAAAACCCGCAGAAGCAAGCAAAACCCGCAGAAGCAAGCAAAACCCGCAGAAGCAAGCAAAACCCGCAGAAGCAAGCAAAACCCGCAGAAGCAAGCAAAACCCGCAGAAGCAAGCAAAACCCGCAGAAGCAAGCAAAACCCGCAGAAGCAAGCAAAACCCGCAGAAGCAAGCAAAACCCGAUCAAAAUCCUGUCUGUGUCAUGUGCAGGCUGAGUGAACAUGCAAUAAGCUAG